AUGGCGCGUGAAAGAUGGACUGAAGAACCACCGGCAGACUUUCUCCGUUACAUGAAGAUGUGGAUCCGUAUAAAGAACAUUCCGGUGAAGUUUUUUACAGGGGAUACGAUGCAUAGGCUUGCCUUAGAAAUUGGUCAUGUUGAAGUGAUAGCGUAUGAUCCCAAGGUCUCUCACAAGAAGGAUUACAUCCGGGCUCAGAUCACCUUUGAUACAGAGAAGCCGGCAAAGCCAUCUCGGAAGCUUACGGUGAGCAAAGAUGUAGCGGUCACAAUUGAGUUUGAGUAUGAGAGGAUCCACAAGAAGUGUUUUCAUUGCUACCGUUUGACGCAUGAGAAGAUCAGGUGCCCUAUCCUGAAGAAGGGUCCCCAACUGCCAGGCCCGGUUCCUUCGUCUUCGGUUAGAAGUGAACAAUCUCAUAUUAGAGGUUCUCCAAGCUCUCAGGGAUCGAGAUCAGCUUGUGUUUUACAAAGGCUCAAAGGGAUUGAUGAUAUUGAUGAAAGCUUGGAAUCAGAAAGCUCUGGUAUAGCAACUGAUUUAGCUCCACACAUCUCUACAGGUUUUCAGAUUGGUCGGUCCACUAGGACCCCUUCUGCCGGAGAUGGUGGUGGUGCUAAGAGUGCUCGUCGCAGACCGCCUUCCUGGAAACAUAAGGCUCAAGCUGGGAAAUCUUCUUCAAGGAACCUGACGCCUUCUGAUCUUACUUCCCCACCGCUGGAGUCUGGUGGCAAGCGUAAGACGGAGACGGUUAACAUGUCUCCAUCCAAGAAAACUCUGACUCUCCCAUCCAAUACGGUGGCUUCCAGUUAUAGGCCGCUGCUCCCCCAAUGA